AUGGGCCCCCGUACCGCCUCCUCAUGCUGCUGCCAGGCCCGUAAUCUGCCAUGGGCCCCUGUACCGCCUCCUCAUGCUGCUGCCAGGCCCGUAAUCUGUCAUAGGUCCCUGUACGGCCUCCCAUUGCUGCUGUCUCCAUCGCCACACUCUGCCAUGUGCCACUUUCAGGUCUCCUCACACUGCUGGUGGGUUCCAUUUUGUCAUAGGGUGCUGGCAGAUUACGGGCCUCCCAUUGCUGCUGCCAGGCCCGUAAUCUGCCAUGGGCCCCCGUACCGCCUCCUCAUGCUGCUGCCAGGUCCAGAGUGUCUCAUGGGUCCCUGUACGGCCUCCCAUUGCUGCUGUCUCCAUCGAUCGCCACACUGUGCCAUGUGCCACUUUCAGGUCUCCUCACACUGCUGGUGGGUUUCAUUUUGUCAUAGGGUGCUGGCAGAUUACGGGCCUCCCAUUGCUGCUGCCAGG